CAGAACUUGAUGUCCCUAAAUGCCAGGGUGCUCCGACAUGCAACUGUCCUUCCAACCGAGACGACCAAGUCUGAGAAGAAGUUGUGGAAGAGGAAUGACGAGAGAGGAUGCAGUGGGACGUGCACACUAACUCACCUAACGAACAACUUUGAUGACGUCAAACACACAACCCUCAGCGAACGUGGGGCCCUAAGAGAAGCCGCCAGGUGUUUGAAAUGUGCUGAUGCUCCGUGCCAAAAAAGUUGUCCAACACAACUGGAUAUUAAAUCAUUCAUAAGCAGCAUAUCGACCAAGAAUUAUUACGGAGCAGCAAAGGCCAUCCUUUCGGACAAUCCUCUGGGACUGACGUGUGGGAUGGUGUGUCCUACGAGUGACCUCUGCGUGGGCGGCUGCAACUUGCAGGCCACCGAGGAAGGCCCCAUCAACAUCGCCGGUCUCCAGCAUUUCGCCGUCGAGGUGUUUAAGAAAAUGAACAUUCCACAAAUCAGGGAUCCUAGCCAAUUACAGGACUCCUUAAACUCCGCCUACAAAUCUAAAAUUGCUUUGAUUGGUUGUGGGCCAGCUAGCAUCAGUUGUGCCACUUUUCUCGGUCGGCUUGGUUACGGGGAUAUGACGAUCUUUGAGAAAAAUGAUUAUCUCGGUGGACUGAGUUCCUCCGAGAUACCACAGUUCCGACUGCCCUAUGAAGUGGUCAACUUCGAAAUUGAACUCAUGAAAGAUCUCGGCGUCAAGAUUGAAUGUGGCAAGAAGUUGAGUUACAAAUCAGGAAUGACCUUGACUUCACUGCGCAGGGAGGGGUUCAAGGCCAUAUUUAUUGGAAUAGGUCACCCUGACCCAAAUAGGAACAGCAUGUUUGAUAAUUUAACUAGCGAUCAUGGCUUCUACACGUCAAAGGACUUUCUACCUCUUGUCUGCCAAAACAGUAAAGCAGGCAUGUGUUCCUGCAAACAAACCUCACCUAGCCUGCCCAAGUUGCACGGAGUUGUCAUCGUGUUGGGGGUGGGAGACACGGCGUUCGACUGUGCCACCUCUGCCCUCAGGUGUGGAGCCAGAAAAGUUUUCAUCGUUUUCAGGAAGGGGUUCACCAACAUUCGCGCUGACCCAGAUGAGAUGGACCUGGCGAAGAAUGAGAAGUGUGAAUUCAUUCCUUUCAUGAGUCCCAAGCGAGUUCUCCUCGGAUCGCCCACAGGUAGGAUCCGAGCCAUGGAGUUUUGUCGUACGGAACAGCUUGCGGAUGGUAGCUGGCUGGAAGAUGAGGAGCAGUUGGUUCGAUUGAAGUGUGAUUUCAUCAUCUCUGCAUUCGGUUCCAGGUUGACUGAUAAGGAUGUUCUGAAGGCUCUGGAGCCCUUGAAAUUCGAUGGGAGGUCAGGUGAUCCUGUGGUUGAUCUUGAGAGGAUGUCAACAAGCGAGGAGGAUGUGUUCAUCGGAGGGGACGUUGCUGGCAGUGCUCAGACGACCGUGGAGUCUGUCAAUGACGGGAAGACUGCCGCCUGGUCUAUGCACAAGUACCUCCAGGAGCGGGAAGGCCACCAAGUAGCUACCACCCCCCAACUUCCUCGCUUCUUCACGCCGAUUGACCAAGUUGACGUCAGCGUUGAAAUGUGUGGCCUUCACUUCGAGAAUCCAUUUGGUUUAGCAAGCGCCCCACCCACUACCUCGGGUCCCAUGAUCAGGAGGGCCUUCCAGCAAGGGUGGGGGUUUGCCGUCACCAAGACAUUUGCAUUGGAUAAGAACAACGUGACGAACGUAUCGCCGCGGAUAGUUCGCGGCUCAACAUCAGGUCACCAGUUCGGACCAGGUCAGGGGUCGUUCCUCAACAUCGAACUCAUCAGUGAGAAAACAUGUGCCUACUGGCUCAGGUGCAUCCGCGAGUUAACCAGGGACUUCCCAAACAAGAUCUUGAUAGCCAGCAUCAUGUGUGCAUUCAUUGAGGAGGAUUGGAGCGAGUUGGCCAAGAAGGCUGAGGAAGCAGGUGCGCAUGCGUUGGAGUUGAACCUCUCAUGCCCACAUGGCAUGGGGGAGAGGAAGAUGGGGCUGGCGUGUGGUCAGGAACCGGAAGUCGUUCGUCAGAUCUGCCUGUGGGUGAGGGCUGCCGUGAGGAUCCCAUUCUUCGCCAAACUGACACCAAGCGUGACCAACAUCGUCAGCAUCGCUAGAGCCGCACACGAAGGUCAGGCUAGUGGGGUAACAGUGACGAACACUGUACCAGGGGUCAUGCACAUCCGGCCUGACGCAACAGCCUGGCCCAAUGUUGGUCUCGAGAAGCGAACCACUAGCGGAGGAAUCUCAGGAAAUGCCAUUCGACCGAUUGCGUUACGUGCCGUCAACUCGAUCGCCAGGGAUCUGCCCGGAUUUCCGAUCCUGGCUACUGGCGGCAUCGAUUCCGCGGAGGCUGGCCUGCAGUUCAUUCACGCAGGGGCUUCCGUCUUGCAGGUAUGUAGCGCCAUACAGAACCAAGAUUUCACAGUCGUCGAUGAUUACGUCACAGGUCUGCAGGCUCUCCUCUACUUGAAAUCUCUGGGUCAUGUGGCUGAUUGGAUGGGGCAGAGUCCUCCAACCCCCGUCCACCAGAAGGGAAAGUCUGUCGUUGCCAUGGAGAAGGUGAUGACUCCAAACUUUGGUGAGUAUAAGAAAAGACGUGAAGAACAUGUAGGUCAAUUAAAACUCAAAGAUGAUAGGUUGGCAGAUGAACACGAGCCCCGCCCACUGAGACUUCCAGCCAAUCUCGUCAGACCAGUUCCUCGCAUUAAGGACGUUCUGGGGGCUGCCCUCCCGAAGAUUGGAUCCUACAAUGUCCUGGACAACAAACUGCAAGUAGUGGCCGUCGUCAAUGAUGAGAUGUGUAUCAACUGUGGCAAGUGUUACAUGACCUGCAACGACUCUGGUUACCAGGCCAUCAAGUUCGACCCCCUCACACACCUGCCCCACGUGACCGAUGAUUGUACAGGAUGUACAUUGUGUCUGUCCGUGUGUCCGAUCAUCGACUGCAUCAGCAUGGUGAAGAAGGAAAUCCCUCACAAAAUUAAGAGGGGGCUUGGUGUAGUGGAGACGGUGUGGUGA